AUGCCUCGAGGGCAACCAAGGUCCAACGUUCGGCGGGCCAAUGUCACAGCCUGCACCAGGUGUAAAUCACGCAAACAGCGGUGUGAUCAGAGGAUUCCAGCCUGUUCAAAUUGCGAGCGUGCCGGAGUGGAGUGCGUGAGCACUGAUACAGAUGGAAGCACUGUCCCUAGAAGCUAUGUGAAGAGCCUUGAGGAUCACGUCGCAUUCCUCGAGGCUCAAAUCUCAGCUCGCGGCGCUCAACCUAGUCAAUCGUCAUCGCCAGAUUUCAUCUUAUCGACUACCGACUUGAACACUGCUUCCUCGUCAGCUCUACUCCACGAGGCACGAGAAGAGUCCCAAGAUUUGGUGGAUCAAAUAGCGUCUAGCUGCAUGAGACAGCAGCCUUUUUCAACCGUCUUUCGAAGCCCGGAUGGCCUCUCAACUCUCAAUUCUCUUCUGUCCGGCCCAGUAUCAGAACUAUCUGUUCCUGAAAAGUCUGACGGCCGGUCACUCUUGGACGAAAUUCCACCCGAAACCAUGUCCACUCUACCCCGACGUGAAACGGUCACAAAAUUACUAGACGUUUAUUUUGAACAUUGCGAGUUCUUUUCCCCAAUACUAUCUUCUCGCCAAGAAUUCGUACAAUCCGUCGAGCUCUUAUACGAAAAUUCCACAGCCGAUCAAUCCCUGGCGAACAUUCGUUAUCGUGCUAUGAUCGUCUUUGCAACAUCUGUCUUGCUUCUGAAUCGAGUCGAUUUCACGGUUCCUUCAUCGAAGGCGGAAAGAUUCUUCAACACUGCGAUCCGGAUAUUUUCACAAAACACGGAUUUGACGUGCACCGGUGAUCUAAAUCACCUUGAAAACUUGCUCUUCAUUAUUCAGUAUUGUUGUUUCGCUGCUAACAUAACGGCUGCGUGGCACUUCCUUGGGCUCGCGACCCGACUUGCGGUUGAAUUGAACCUACAGAAAGAAACGGCCUGUCUUCUAACACCUCAUCCAAGUCAAUCAAAUCACAGAAGAUGGUUAUUUUGGACGAUGUAUACCUUCGAACGCAAUCUCUGCGUCAUUAUCGGUCGGCCAUUUUCUAUACCGGACGGUGCCAUCGAGACUCCUCUUCCAGUACAAGACCCACAGCGUGCGCUUGCGAUUCAUCUACUCAAGUAUCGACUGCUUGAAUCGGAAAUAUAUUCAAUACUCAAUGAAAGGCAAUAUCACCGCACCUCUUUCACUAAAGAUACGUGGAGAGAAAACAUGCACCAACGACUACAAGAGUGGCAUUCUUCUACCCCCUCGGUCCACAAGUCCACUCAUCUGACACCCAUGGAGAUAUUCAAUGGCAGCUUUCUGAAUGGAUUAGUCUUACUUUACUAUCCGUCACGACCCUUCCCAAGCCCAACGGCCGAAAACAUGACUGUCUUGACUCGGAGUGCGACGGACGCAAUUGCUUGCUAUAAAGAUGGAUUUCGAUCUGGAGAGCUACGAUUUUUCUGGAGAACAGUGCAUAAUCUAUUUCGAAGUGGAGUUGCCAUUGUCUACUGUGCUCAUCAAAAUCGAAUAAAUCGCGUCUCUGGAUUCGAUCCGGAGAGCACAAGGAUGUCAAUCAAUUCAUGUUCCUCGCUUCUUUGGGGAAUGGUGGAGAGAUAUCCAGCAGGGCAAGCAUACCGAGACAUUUUUGAUAAAUUGGCCAACUCGGUUCUGUCUCAGAAAGACGGAGCUGGAGGCAUGGGUCAUGAGGUAUCAUUUGAAACUCCAGGGCCUCUCCCAAUUCUGGAUGAUAUAACUCUGGGGGCAGAUGCUAGUCUUCUGUCUUCUAGUGCUUUUGAUUUAUUGUUUAUGGGGUUCACUCCUUCAUGA